AUGAUGGCCUCGCCGGGUUUAGCUAGGGGAAUCUUUACAUCAUAUUUUGUGCUUAUUAUCGCGCUAUUCAUCCUUAUUCUGGGCUCUCUGCAGAGGCGGAUCACUUCCAUUGGGCAUGUUCCUCCCUCUGCCUUAGUGUUUGGGGCACUGGCAAUAGGAUCGUUCUACCAUACAUGGUACUAUAUGAUCAAGUUCCUAGAGUGGAGCUUCCAUGACUUCGAGUCGCACCAGCUCAUCCUCGAAAAAUCCCUGCUUGACCGAGUAACACAAUGGUUGAUGGGAACCGACCUCUUUGAGCAAGCUUGGAGACACGUCUGCGAAGGCUCACAGAGACGCAUACCUUUCGUGUGGGCAUACAUGCUUCUUGGACAGCUGGUAGCUAUUUCGGUCGCUACCAAUAUUUUCUUUGCCGCUGUUAUUCUCUACGAUGAUUUGCCCUCGGAGCGGAAAUCGAAAUCGAGACCCCCAUCACGUACGACCCAGGUUCCAGCUGGGGUAUAUCUCCCGAUAUUUCUUUCGCACUUGACCAUUUUGCUCUCUCCGUCCGUAGCUCAGCCAGAUUGCAAAUGGUUCCUGCCUAACCUCUUGACUAUGCACCUUCUGAUUGUCCUCCCGUUAUUCAACGUGAGAUAUCGACCCGUCACUGAAAAUCGAAGCAGCCUCAGCCUAGGCACCUUUUACAUCGUUCUCGCCGCUCUUGCCUUCAUUCCACGCGCACAAACGUACCUCUCGCUUCCGUACCAAGACCUUUCGAGUCUAGUACCUCAACUCCUGGAGACACUCUAUUCUCACCCGGCCCAAGGCUCUAUCGGGUUCGAUGUUGUAUGGACAACUGCCUCGUUCACGCUAUAUUGCGCCGUCGCUGGAGGUCUUGGCCUGGGUCUUUUAGGGCUAGUUUCGCCAGGAUUGGCCCUGUACCUUGAUACUGAUCAUCAUUAA